GGAGGGGGACCUUGCAGGGGGGGUCGCCCCCCACGGAGGCCUCCCCAGUCAAGGGCUGCCCCGGCCCCUCCUGAACCCACAGGUGGGUGCCAGGGUGGUGCUGGAGCAUCCUCACACCGACUUUGCUAGGCUGGAUCCCUCCCUGUGCGGAUCCCCUGAUGCAAACGGCUGCGGUGAUAGGGAGCCCUGACCUGGCCAGCAUGGGGAGCACUGUGGCUCAGGGGUUUGGCUGAGGUGACAGCGGGCUCCGGUCCCCACUGGCUUCUCCAGCAGCAAAGAGGCCAAAGGGUUGGACAGAGGGACCCGGCUCAGUGGUGUCCGGGACACAGCUCUCUCCCACAGGGAUGUUACAGCUGAGCAUCACCCAACACAAGCCCAUCUCGUGGACAGUUUCGUGGGAUGUUGUGACUUGGAGCUGUGUCCCCAUGAGUGAGGGAUGGAGAGGCCCUGGUGCAGCUGCUGAAGCUGCUCCGUGUGUGGAUCGCGGUGCAUCUCUGGGCACAGAGAGGUUCCCCCGGGAAGCUCCCUCUCCCCGCCGCUUCCAUGAGGCUGCUCUGGCGCGGAUCCAUGGCCUUAUUUAAGAAACUAAACAAAAAGUGUUAAGUGAGUGGGAGGGAUUUCCCUGCUGCGAGGGGAGUUCAUUCCCCUCUGGAUGCGUCUCCACCAUCCCCGUCAAUAGAGACAUUCGUCCCGUGUCACACUGGAUGAGCGCAGCCCGUGGUGUUUGCUGGCCUGGUGGAUAUCGUUUUCUUUGGGAAAACGGGUUGCCCCAGUGGGCACAUAUUUCAGAAUAUCUCCCAAGGGAGAGCACCACAUCAGAUUUCCCUACAAGGAUUUUAGCUCCUCCGCGUCAGCCCUUCCCCACAAAUGACUCAAGCCGCUAAUCAAAAUACAGUCGUGUUCUUCAGCAAUUAAACUAACUCCACCUCAUAAGAUUAUAGUGGAGAAGCAUGAAUUUAGUGACAUGGAUAUAUCUCAAUCAGGGCGCGGGUGCCCAUUUUGAUAUUGUUAUCAAAAAAAAGAAGAAACCGAAGGCAGAUAAUCAGAUAAUGCAACUCAAACCCAGAGAGAGUAAGGGAGAAAAAUACCUUGGCAGAGUAACUAAUGCUGAGUCUGCCCGAGAUACGGGAGCAGCACAUCUCUGCCACCUCCCAAAAUGCAUUCUCUCCUGCCUUUGCUUAUCUUUGAUUGUAAUCUGUUUUAAGCUGGACUUGGGCUACAGCAUCUUGAGUUUCAACUGGGCUCCUGCAAAGGGGGCGGGUGACCUGAGUGCUCAGGGCUCUUCCCUCUGAAGAACAGGUCCAGAGUGGUAAAGCAACCGCUGUGUUGCUCCUCAGUGUCUGCAGAGCGUGGGCUCAAGCUGCUGUGGCUUUUCUUCCACAUUUUUAUCCUCUAGGCAGAAUCAUUUUGCCAAGUCAGCUCAAGAGUAGGUAAGAGUCACUGCUCCUGACCCAUCCCGCGAGAUGCUCUGCCUUUCCCUUCCAGCUCCUCCUGCUCCUUGGGCUGGUCUCUUGUACCAGACCCCGGCUGUGCCUGAGCACCCCAAAAGCGGAGCGGGGCUGGCAGCAUCCCUGCCUUUGUGCCGCCUGCCAUGCGUUCUUGGGGUUCGGUGCCUCGGGCUCUUGCCUGGAAUAACAGCAGGUUCUGGGUGAGCCGGUGCCUGCGGCCUCUGCCAAGACUUCCCUCUGCUCAGUUCCUUAUUCGCCGCUGCACAUCUCUGUCUGCUUUUCCAUCACACAAGCUGUUCAGGGAGGUGUGGAUCUAAAACCAGUUGUUUAUAUAUGUUAUUUCAUAGCUAUCUCUUAAUUUGUGGGAGGAGAAAAGAUACCGGACCUUAUCACUGGUUAUUUUUGUCCCCCAAUGUGUUACAACAUGUUUUUCACCCAUGGGGAGGACAGGAUGGGGGAAGAGUGUCCGACAUCUUCUGUGGCGUAAGAGGGGAAGAAACUGAACUCACGGGCUCGUGGGGCCUCCAGCAGUCCCACCGCAGACCGGGAAGCUGCUCUGGGUGCCCAUCACUGCCCCAGCUCCCGCCGGCUCAGGGAACGGGCAUCCAGCCCCACCAGCAUUUCCCUUUUAUAGCGUCCUGCACCCAGUGCUGCAUGAGCCUCCUCCGGCUCGUUUCCACCAGCACUGGGCUCAGGCAGCUUGUUCCUUUCCCCAGCUGCUUCACCAUGGGUUGUCCCACACAGCACGGGGACGGUCACCUGCAGAAAGCCCCGAAUCCUUAUUACCACAGCCGUGUGGUGGUAGCGCUGAGCUGCAGCGUUGUUUGUGGCAAAUAACUCCACUGGCUGUGCCUGUGGAUUUCAGGACACCCGUAACUUUUCACAGGAGUCAGAUGGUUUAAAUGGUGCUGUGCUGCAGGAGCUGCCGGCUCCGUGCCGAGCUGGGGACAAGCUGUGGCCAUGCCAGUCCCCAGGCCAUGAGGGGUGUCCCCUGUGCAUCCCCCCAGUCUGCCCAGGUGCUGUGUGGGACCUGGGGACAUGGGAACUGGUGGCUUUGGGGUAAAACUCCAGUGAAGGCAAAAUCCCGGCUCUUGCUGGAUCCUGAGCACGUGUAAAAGAAGGCAGUAGCCCCUGAGUUUUGAUCAACCCCUUACCCUUCUGCAAAAGUGCUCUCUGGGAGUGUGGAGAAUGAUUUUAUUUCUAUUCUUUUUGGCUUGAAAUCCACUGUGUUCCUCUUUUUGGGAGAAACUGGUGACAGAGACCUCCUGCCUGUGACUUGCCCCCUCCCCAGCCACUGGGGUGGGCACAAGGGGCGAUGCCCCAGCCCACCCCAUCAGCUCCAGCCCACUGUAUGUGCUCCAGCCCACCUCCUCGGCUCCUCUGGCCACACAGGAGCUCGGCCAUCCCAGCUGAGUUACAGGGACAAGCAGGGAAUGUUCUGCCUCUCGCCCAUCCUGCAAGCCUCCCGCCUUUGGCCAUUUUGUGGGAGCAGAGAUUUAAGCGGGGUGGGAGGGUGGAGCAGCAACAGCAGUGAAAACACCAACAAAGUCCUUUGGGGUUCAGGUUUAAUAUUCAGCUUAGACAUGGAAAAAAGGGGUUUUCCUGACAGCAGGAAAAUGUGUGGUAGAGGUUUAUAACAUGCCGCCCUUCCAGUUCUCUAACCACGUGGAAACAGCCUCGGUUGACCUUUUGAGGGCUCUUUGCUCAGACUGCGAAGAUCUGCUGGGUUUGAGGGCCCAGCUUUGCCACAAACCUGACUGGCUUGUCCGCACUUGCCCGCUCUGGAGGCAGAAAGGCUGCAGAGGCUCCAGGGUAGCAAUGGGAUGGGAGCGGAGCCCCCAGUGUCCCUGUGGCUCUGGGUGCAGGGGACAGGCUGUGGGUGCACUGGCAGCCCCUCCCCAGAGCUGGACUUACUGCUGGUUCAGUAUAGAGGAGGUCAGCCAGCAAAGGGAGCUGGGGUUAAGGGUUUGGGUUUUCCCAUUGCUCCCCUUCCUGCAGGCAUGAACCAACCCGGGACUUUAGUUUCAACUGUCAGACAGCAAAUGCCCAAGCAGCGUUUCAGUGCAAAGGGCAGGAGAAGAGCAAACAGGUGCAUAUUGGCAUUAGUAGGCAGGAGCCCUGGAAAAUGAAAGGAAAGCCUCCAGCUAGCCUUGGAAAAUAAGAAAAACCAAGGAAGGAUGCUGCCUGUGAGUCUGGCAGGGAUUUCACCAGGAGGAGAGAGCCCACAGAAGGGAUUUGGGGCUGUGGAAGUGCCUUGGCAUGACAGCGGUGGCAGGUGAGCUGCUGUGUCCCCUGACGGCACAGCCACGUCCUGCAGCGUCCAGGGACUCGAUGAGGGCAUCGCCGUGACCUUCACAUCAGGGUUCUCACUGAGAUCCCCAGCAAGGGAAUCUGCCACAAUCUGAGCAUGGAAUGCCUGCUGUGGGCACCCACCCACAGCGAACAGCAUUGAGAUGCUGCGGGUGCCGGGCACUGCCCAGGGCUGGCAGCCACCUCAGUGGCACAGGGGCCGUGCAGGGUGACAGCGUUUCCUUCCUGAACCCCGCCGUCUUUCUUCCCCUUUGGUUGGGUUUUAAAUAACUGGUGUGACCAGUCUCAGAGGACACGAGUUGCUCCAAAGCUGGCUGUUGUUUGUCACGCCUGGGCCAGGGCAGAGCAUUGCUGCUGUCCCAGCACUGGUGAGGCCACGGUCACCGCAGCACAGGGGUCACAUACAUCCCUUGGGAUGCACCACAGACAAGGCAUCAGGUCACCAAAUCGUCCUUGUCCUGGGUAUUUGCCCACAUAACAGUCUCCUGGGGGACUCCUGGAGUCCCUCACUGUUGGAUCAAAGUCUGACAUGGGAGGAGGUUUCUUACUGGUGGAAGCAGAAGCUCAGUCUGGCAAACUGGGGACCUGCAGUGAUGUUGGGUCUGGGGGAUGUCCCAGUCCUGGGUGCUCACAAACAAGGCACCAUGUGAAGCCGGACCCCAAAAGGCGCCUGUCAGGGCUGGCAGUGUGUGGGCAGCAGGGCCCGAAUGAACUAUGGUGAGCAGAUGUCCCUGGGGCAGUGGUGUGUGGGCAGCGGUCCCCUGUCCCCAGCCCUGGCCUGGCCAGUCGCACCGCUGGCUGAGCUGGCUGCUGGGCUCAGCCCUGCCCUGACCACAUCAAUGUGGAACAGGGCUGGACCUGUCCUCGGUGCAGCCAGACCCACCUCCUGUGACAGCUCCCAAACCUCCCAGACCUCCUCAAAGUGCCCAGCCGGGUCUCCGGAUGCAACCAGCAGGGUUUGGUUUUGUGCUGGGGGAGAAAAUCGCCCAUCAGCUGCGUUUGGGAGCGCUCGGAGCCGCAGCUCCACCAAGGAGGCGGCAGGGACAUUAGCCGGGGGGUGACACGGCUCACCCGGGCGCUCAAAGGAGCGGAGAGCAGUAGAAGAGCCCCCGAAGCACGACCCACCCCCGUGCACCGUGUAUGAGGCUGGGACGCAGUACGCAGGACCCGCGUCCGCAGAGACACCCCUUCCGAUGUCCCGGCAUGAGACUUCUCCAGCAACGGUGCAACCGGCCAGCAACCACCGUCCCAACGCCUGCUGCUUCUGCUGGUGCUGCUGCUGCAGCUGCUCCUGGAACGAGGACCGGGAGCGAGCAUGGAGGGCGUCCCGGGAAACCAAACUGGAGACCAUCCCAAACUGUGAAGCGUGCACCAAACCCACGCCAGAGGAGGUGCGGGGCUGGGCACAGUCCUUCGACAAGCUGAUGAAGAGCCCGGCGGGUCGCAACGUCUUCCGGGAGUUCUUGCGGACUGAGUACAGCGAGGAGAACAUGCUCUUCUGGCUGGCGUGUGAGGAGCUCAAAACCGAGUGCAACAAGCACACUAUCGAUGAGAAGGCGAGGAUGAUCUACGAGGACUAUAUCUCCAUCCUCUCGCCCAAGGAGGUGAGCCUGGACUCGCGGGUGCGGGAGGUCAUCAACCGCAAGAUGCAGGAGCCGUCCUCGCACACCUUUGACGACGCGCAGCUCCAGAUCUACACGCUCAUGCACAGAGACUCCUACCCUCGCUUCCUGAACUCUGCCAUCUACAAAUCGCUGCUCCAGAGCGUCUCUCGCUCGUCCUCGGAGUCCUGAGGGUGCCCGUCGGCUGUGGGGACACCGGUGGGGGUCACAGUGGCCGGGGGGACCCGGUGCCUCCUCCCUGCCAGCUCCCGCCGAGGUUUUUAGCUUUUUACCUAUGAACCGUCACCCUGGUGUCUGGGCCACCCUUCAGGACUGUCCCCAGGGCUGGUGCCACCGCGGCGGCGCAGCCCAGGCUGGCUCGUACUACUGAACCCAUCCCCGUCCCCGCCGCUGGCCGGAGCGAGCUGGGGGUGCUGGUGGGAGCGUGCGGGGUCCCGGCUCCCCCUGCACCCCCUUUUGAAGAGGUCACUUUAUCCCCCCUCCGCCACACCUGGGGACAUGGCACAUCCCCGUUUCCCACCUGAGGCCCAGUUGGGGCCCAGUCGAGGGUUUUUUUGGGGAGGUGGGAGGGAGGUUGAUUGUUGUUGUUUUCCUUUUUUUUUUUAACUUUUUAUUUUAAAUGCUUUUUUUGUUGGCUUUUACUGGGGGACUCGAGGGGUGGGAGGGGAGGUUUGAGAAGUGUCUCUGUACAUAUAAAAACUUGCCAGAUUUA